GGGAAUAAAUCAGAUUUUCUCUGGUUCAGAUUAGAUUUUAUUUUAGUAAAGUUGAUAACAACUUUUGACCCUAGAGCCCCUUGUCCCUCCUAUAUAUAGUGAUAUUUUUUAUCAAUCACCAUCAUUCUCAAUACAACUCAGCCUAUUUGCAGAGAUGAGGAGGGCUACCAACACUGAAGAGAACGACGAUGACGAUGAUGGAAUCCAAUUCUAGCAUGAAUCCUCUUCAUGGAUUUUUCGACAUUGAGCUUGAGCUUUCGACAUUAACUCUUUUUUCUUCCUUUCCUCCGAUGGUAGCCUUGAGCUUUCUCGUCUCUUGUUGCAAGUUCAACCCAUUGCAUGUCGAUCGUAUUUAUCCUUUAAAGUACGAUCAGAAUUAUCUAGGAGGUUCAUCAGCAGGUCUUUCGCUAGUUUUUGGCGGACCAAUCACAAGUUUGGGCACCUGCAAAAUCUCUCGGAGAUGUAAAAGUUUACAGCUGAAUCCUGAGCCUUCUUUGGGAAGAAGCAUGAAAACUUCUUAGUAAUCACAGUUUUCAGUAGCAACAUUCAUCUCUUGAAUUGAUCGUAAGGAUAGAAGGAUUGGGAAAAGACCCGUGAGAAGAACAACAGUGACAGACCAACUUUAAUAUGGGAGAUAUGUGAAGAAUUUAACAAAAUAAUAAGUAGAUGCCAUGCAUAAUGAUUUAGACUUUGACUGUUAGACAAUCAGAAGGAAUUAAUUUGUAUGGGAAAAGAGAGGACUUUUUUCUGGCCAUUAGCUUCAUUGUGUAAAAUGUAAACUGGUAUAGUAAUAUGCAUUUCCAUUUAUCGUCUUGAUUAUUUAAAGUGAAUUCCCACAUUUGCAGCCUCAUCUUUAAUUUGAUAGUUUACCAUCUAAAGAGCCAUUUACUUUAGACUUUCUUCAUCACGAUUUAACGUUUAGGUCUAUAAUUUAAAGAAGCAUGGAAUGGAAUAAGGGAACGUAUCAAAUAAUAAAAAUAUAGCUUUGCUACCGAAACAGAAGCUAACAUGCACAGAUCUGAAUUUUCCUUUUAGUUACAACUUACUCCAAUAUAUGCUUAACUAAAUAUUAUUUUUGCUCUAACGUUGUCAGCCCCUGUAUAUACACCAUGAGAUCACGAGGGGAUUUUGAUCUGAUGGUUGUGAGUCG